AUGCAGGAGAUCUAGUUAUAUCUUAUUUGGAGCAAUCCAGUUCUUCCAUCUGAUAUGCUCCAUCAAAUAAAUAAUUCAUUCUUAAUAGAUAAUGAAAUAAAUCUUUCGAUCUUUUCCUUCCUUAGAAUAUCAAAAUUACUGUGUAUUUUUUGCAAAGAUUUUUCAUAAAUCGUUUUAGGUCAGUUCUAAAUUUAGCAAAAAAGUUUUCUUAAGCUAAUUAACUCUAUGCUGAAUUACCAUUUAAUCCCAUGCUAUUUUGGUUUGCAUUUCCACUUUCACCAGAAUUUUAAUUAGCAAAGGUUGACCAGUUUUCCCAGAAAUAUUAAUUGCUUUGAGUUAGAAAAACAGAUUCAAAGUGAAUAACUAGAACUCUUUUAUGGAACUACUGUCUUUAUUUAGCAUAUAAAGGCUUCAGUUCUACACAUCUCAGCUGGUUAAUUAAAUGAUAAGUUUGAUCACUUUCUAUUUUAAGUUAGCUUUAAAUUUCUGUUUUAGUAUUUAAUAAAUCUUCUUCUAUCUCAUUUUUAGUUGUCUAACCUGAAACUAUUGACAACUAAUCAUCUUGUUAUUUAUCAUCCAUAGAAUCUUUUUGACUUAAGUUAAUUUUAUUUUUACUGCUGUUUGCUAAAUUGCUUAUUCUUCUAUUACUUGUGCUAUUUUUAAUUGCUUUAGAUAUUGAAUGGGAAGUAUUUCUUCUGUCUGAUGCAGAUCCUAUAAUACUUUGCAGUUUAUCUGAAUUUUUCAGCCCUUUGCUAUUCAUGUUAGAAAUAACUUGCAAGAAUUUAUGUUAUUAAAGUGAAGUUUAUGUUUCUUUGCCUUAAUCUUAGUUAAUCUAAUUAAUUGAUGAUGCUUCUAACUUUUAGUGUUAAAGCUAAUAAUUAUCUUUCUUUUAUUUAGUAGAAAAAAACUCUUUUGUAUUAAUUAAUCCAUCGAAUUCAUUGA